AUGAACGGGCUCAGGGAUGAGGGCAGACACAGGAAGAGGAGGCCGCACAGCCCGGAGGUCAUUAGGGUGAAGGAGGAGAGAAUAAGCCCGGACCGGCAUCACCGAGCGCGGCGGAGUCCGACCCCGGGAAGUAGCGAAGAGGAAUUAACGCAAUCCCGUAAACGGAGCACGUCACCAGGAAAACAAAAGUCAUCUGUCAAACGAAGCAAAAGACAUAGAAAUGAAAGCAGAAGCCCAGAGCGCUUUCCUGUAAAAAUAAAGCAGGAAAAAGAGCACUCUAACAGAACACAUGAGGACAGGCAGCCCAGGGAGAAAUGGGAAGAUGAUCACAGAAGGAACAGACAGAGAGAAGAUGAUAACAGAGGCCACAACAGCCACUCAAGGCACAGAGAGAGAGAUCGGGAAGAAUCACAUUUAAGAGAGCAGAGAGCAGAAAGAGAAUUCCACAAUGACAGGAGGAGGGAAAGACGCCAGAGAGAAGAGCAGGAAACAGAGACUGAAAACCCAGAGUCUGAUAAUACGGAUAACAAUGGGCAAGUUAAUAAAGAGAAGCCCAACUUUGAACUUUCUGGGGCAUUGCUUGAAGACACAAACACUUUCAGGGGGGUCGUAAUCAAGUACAGUGAGCCAGCAGAAGCACGCAUGCCAAAGAGACGUUGGCGUCUGUAUCCUUUCAAGAAUGAUGAGGCUCUCCCUGUCAUGUACAUUCAUAGGCAAAGUGCCUACCUCCUAGGCCGGCAAAGACAUAUAGCUGAUAUACCCAUAGAUCAUCCAUCUUGCUCCAAACAACAUGCUGUUCUACAGUACCGGAUGGUUCCAUUUACCCGUCCCAAUGGGACACUGGGUAGGCGAGUCAGACCUUAUAUCAUUGACCUUGGGUCUGGUAAUGGCACGUAUCUAAACAACCAACGAAUUGAACCACAAAAGUACUAUGAGCUGAAAGAAAAAGAUGUACUGAAAUUUGGUUUCAGCAGCAGGGAAUAUGUGGUCCUCCAUGAAUCAUCUGAUACUUCUGAAGUUGAGAAGAAUCGGGACGACGACGACGAUGUGGAAGAUGAGGAUGAUGAGAGUACUGAUAGCUAGCAAGCUACUUGUCUAAACAGUGUAGUAAGGUGACCCUUGACCCCUUUGUCACAAGGACCAGUAUUACAUUUCCAUGUGGUGUACUAUGUUGCUGGCCUGAAAACAAUUCCUUUACUGGCAGGAUACGCUUGUAAGAAAGACUACACAGCGUUUGUUUGUUUUUUUGUUUUAUUUCUUGUUAUUUUGUUAAACUGGUGGCAUUGUUAUUUUUUCCAAUCCUCAGGUGUAAUUGAACAGCAUUUCUGUAAGAAUUGUUGCUGUUCAAACUAAUCAAACACGUCUUUUAAAAUCCUUAAUUCUUGUAUAUGCUUUUAUAUACUGUAUAUAUAUUACAAAAGUUAUGUUCAGAAGUGUCUUACAAUAUAGAACGUUGGCUUAAUUAUAGUUCUUUAUACUAAUGCUGCCUAAGGGGAAUUAUAAAUACUGUAACUUUUGUUCAGUGUCCCAUAUACUGUAGGCAUGUUGCGUUUACUAUGGGAAUAAAAAAAAUUGUACAGUAAAAAUUCAGCAGGCACACCUUAAAUGAAUGAAAUAAAAAAAAUGUAUACUGAAAACUUUUAAUAGUAUACAAAAUACAUGAACCAUUAGACAGAUUAUUGUAGAGAAUCCAUUAUUCAUUGUUACAAAACAAGAUAACAAGGGGUAGCGCCUUAAACUGCUGUAUCUCUAAGUCAUUGUGUUAUAGGCUGGGGCAAGUUGUACAUAGUACUGUGUUCCAUUUAUGUUUGUAUUAUAGACAACAUGUUGUAAAUGCUAUGGACUUAAGCAUUUUUAUUUACUGUGAUAUUCCUGUGUAUGUAUGUACAGUAUGCGUGGAAUAAGCAGUGCCAUGGGUAUGUUGAAAUGUAUUUUACUGUAAAUAGAAGUAAUAAAGCCCAGAUAUCUACAA